GGGGUUAGGAGGACCCUUGAAGGGUGCGCGUUCCCGUGGCUGUGCACCCGGUAGGUUUCAGUCAGAGUCACUAUGGCGGCUGGCGCUGGCAAGGUUAGGUGAGGCGGCGGCAAGGAAAACUGGACCUGUCGUGGCGUCCGGACUUCAAAUUCCCGCAGCCCGUCCGCGGAGAGGUCGGAAAGUUUCCUGCCUCGCCUGGCAAAGCCUGAGUGUGUCCCACCCGCCAAGAGUGGUGGAGGCUGGGACGGACUCAGCCCGGGGCCUCCAGGCCUCUCCCCGAACCUCUGGGCCAGCCUCCCUCCCCCACUGCUUCGUCCGCCUGGAGCUGGGGCUGCUGCUCCUGAGAUGCGACCCUCGCGGGGGCGACCCUGAGAAGAGGCGGCCGAUGUGCUGACCAGUAGCCAAGAGCCCAGGCGUCCAGGGAUCAACUUCCUGCGGGCGGAGACCCCCGAGUCUCCCCGGGGUCGCGCCUAGCUCGUUCAGCACCGGCCUGCGAAGCCGGAUCCCCGCCCUGGUCCCGGGCACGCCCGCCAGGUGCCCGGGAGUCCCUAGUCGGCCGCUCCCCGCGCCCCUGCGGUUCCCUGCACCCCGUGCCAAGGACCCCAGCCACCGGCGCCUCGGCUUGUGCCAGCCGGAGAUCCCGUGGCACCUCCCGGCGGCCUCCGCGCAUCUGGGGCAAUGCAGACUGUCCCGCUGGCUGUCUAGACCCCCUCGGACCCCUCUGACCCUUCCACUUCCGAGGCCCUAGAGGACGGGUGGUGGCUGCCGGCUACACCUCCCUUCGCCCCGAAAGGACCUUCUUGGCCGCAUCGAACCGACCCUUCCUUCAUGCUGCAGUGCUGCAACAUUUCCGCCACCGAGGGGGAAAAGCGGCAGCGAUCCCAAACAAAACACAAGAAUUGGUGUGUGACUCAUCUGCUUGGAUACCUCCAGUUCCCAAACCGUCUUCCAGGAGUUUUCUUGGCUGAAGCUGUCCGAUGUUUGAGCCUUGUCUUCCCAGGGAAGAAGAUGGACUGAAAGCUGGCAUUUGGGGACUUUUUUUGAUCAGGGCGCUUCUGGUCUUUAAAGAAGGUGAUGGGGCUUGCACUGGCUUGUCUUCCCACUCAAGUGAAGAGUUGUUGAUGUUCACUGGUUAUGCUUAGACAAUGCGCAGUUUGUUUUAAUAUAAAAUUUUGGGGGGGAUAGGGGUAUAGGCUUGUGAAGGGCAGUCCGGAUCCGGUGGAACUCCUCUUUGUCCCUUGAUAGGAGAGACACCCCCAGUCUGUCCUCCAUGCCGUCAGCCUUGGCCAUCUUCACUUGCCGCCCGAACUCGCACCCGUUUCAGGAGCGUCAUGUCUACCUGGACGAGCCCAUUAAAAUCGGCCGCUCCGUGGCCCGCUGUCGACCCGCGCAGAAUAAUGCUACCUUUGAUUGCAAAGUGCUGUCAAGGAACCAUGCUCUCGUCUGGUUUGAUCACAAGACGGGCAAGUUUUAUCUCCAAGACACUAAAAGUAGUAACGGUACUUUUAUAAAUAGCCAGAGAUUGAGUCGAGGCUCUGAAGAAAGUCCACCAUGUGAAAUUCUUUCUGGUGACAUUAUCCAGUUUGGGGUAGAUGUGACGGAGAACACACGGAAAGUUACCCAUGGGUGUAUUGUUUCCACAAUAAAACUUUUUCUACCAGAUGGUAUGGAAGCCCGACUCCGCUCAGAUGUCAUCCAUGCUCCAUUACCAAGUCCUGUUGACAAAGUUGCUGCUAACACUCCAAGUAUGUACUCUCAGGAACUAUUCCAGCUUUCUCAGUAUCUACAGGAGGCCUUACAUCGGGAGCAGAUGUUGGAACAGAAGUUAGCCACACUUCAGCGGCUACUAGCUAUCACCCAAGAGGCUUCGGAUACCAGUUGGCAGGCUUUAAUAGAUGAAGAUAGACUCUUAUCACGAUUAGAAGUUAUGGGAAACCAAUUACAGGCAUGUUCCAAAAAUCAAACAGAAGAUAGUUUACGGAAGGAACUCAUAGCAUUACAGGAAGAUAAACACAACUAUGAGAUGACAGCCAAAGAGUCCCUGAGGCGGGUUCUUCAGGAGAAAAUUGAAGUGGUUAGAAAACUCUCAGAGGUGGAGCGAAGUCUGAGUAAUACUGAAGAUGAAUGUACCCACCUGAAAGAAAUGAAUGAACGGACUCAGGAAGAAUUAAGAGAAUUAGCCAAUAAAUAUAAUGGAGCAGUUAAUGAGAUUAAAGAUUUAUCUGAUAAAUUGAAGGUAGCAGAGGGAAAACAAGAGGAAAUCCAACAGAAAGGACAAGCUGAGAAAAAAGAAUUACAACAUAAAAUAGAUGAAAUGGAAGAAAAAGAACAGGAGCUCCAGGCAAAAAUAGAAGCUUUGCAAGCUGAUAAUGACUUCACCAAUGAAAGGCUAACAGCUUUACAAGUACGGUUAGAACACCUUCAGGAGAAAACUCUUAAAGAAUGCAGCAGCUUAGGGAUACAAGUUGAUGACUUCUUACCUAAAAUAAAUGGGAGCACAGAAAAAGAGCACUUGCUUUCAAAGAGUGGCGGGGACUGCACUUUUAUUCAUCAAUUCAUAGAAUGCCAGAAGAAGCUGAUCGUCGAGGGGCAUCUAAACAAAGUGGUUGAAGAAACAAAGCUUUCAAAAGAAAACCAGGCAAGAGCAAAGGAUUCUGAUUUAUCAGAUACUCUGAGUCCAAGUAAGGAAAAAAGCAGUGACGACACUACAGAUGCCCAAAUGGAUGAGCAAGACCUAAAUGAACCACUUGCUAAAGUGUCCCUAUUAAAAGAUGACUUGCAGGGUGCACAGUCAGAAAUUGAGGCAAAACAAGAAAUUCAGCAUCUUCGCAAGGAAUUGAUUGAAGCCCAGGAGCUAGCUAGAGCAAGUAAACAAAAAUGCUUUGAACUUCAAGCUCUUUUGGAAGAAGAAAGAAAAGCUUAUCGAAAUCAAGUUGAGGAAUCCACUAAACAAAUACAGGUUCUUCAAGCCCAGCUUCAGAGGUUACACAUCAAUAUUGAGAAUCUUCGGGAAGAGAAGGACAGUGAAAUCACAAGCACUCGAAAUGAAUUGCUUAGUGCCCAAGAUGAAAUUUUGCUUCUUCAUCAAGCAGCAGAAAAGGCUGCCUCUGAGCGAGACACUGACAUUGCUUCUUUACAAGAAGAGCUUAAGAAGGUGAGAGGUGAGCUUGAGCGGUGGCGGAAAGCAGCGUCUGAGUAUGAAAAAGAAAUCACGAGCCUGCAAAACAGUUUUCAGCUUCGAUGUCAGCAGUGUGAGGAUCAGCAGAGAGAGGAAGCAACAAGGCUACAAGGUGAACUAGAGAAGUUGAGAAAGGAGUGGAAAGUAUUGGAGACUGAAUGCCAUUCUUUAAAAAAGGAAAAUGUUUUGCUAUCAUCAGAACUGCAGCGGCAAGAAAAAGAAUUGCACAAUUCUCAAAAGCAGAGUUUAGAGCUUACCAGUGAUCUCAGCAUCCUUCAGAUGACUAGGAAAGAGCUUGAGAAUCAAAUGGGAUCCUUGAAAGAACAGCAUCUUCGGGAUUCAACUCAUUUAAAAACUCUUCUCAGUAAGGCUGAAAACCAAGCAAAGGAUGUACAGAAAGAGUAUGAAAAGACACAGACUGUACUCUCAGAACUGAAGUUGAAGUUUGAAAUGACUGAGCAGGAAAAACAGUCAAUCACAGAUGAGCUCAAACAAUGUAAAGACAACCUGAAGCUGCUCCGAGAGAAAGGAAAUAAUCCUUCCAUAUUACAACCCGUCCCAGCCGUAUUCAUCGGCCUAUUCCUGGCUUUCCUGUUUUGGUGUUUCGGUCCAUUGUGGUAGAGAAAGAAACCGUGGCCCUGGAUGCCCAUGUUGGCUGCCCUGGUUGCAGUAACAGCCAUUGUGCUGUACGUGCCAGGUCUGGCCAGAGCUUCUCCAUGAGAGUGUUUCUUGAGUCCGUACACCGUCCUCCCUCUAGAAGCUGGCAUCACACUCGUGCUGGGGACAAACAGAACCAUUUUCUUCCUUUUUACCUCUUAAAACAGCAGAAGUGCAAGAAUACAGCUGUAGGGUCAUUGCUUUAAAUUAUAUGAAAUGUGUCUGUCUAUAAAGAGAAUGUAAAAUUGUGACUUUAUUGUAAGCAAUAAUUUGCUUGCAAUUUUUCAUGUAAUUUUUAAAUUAGUAUGUUGAGAUUCUGAAUAUUAUGGUGGCCUAAAGUAGGCUUCUUGGUACACCAAAUUAUUUAUAACAUUAAAUUUAUGGGUAUUUUACUCUGAA